CCGUCUUGCUUCGUGAAGCGUUCCCCUUAAGAUAGCUCGCUGCGUUUCCAAGUUCAUUGCCUCGACGCAGAUCUCUACUCAUUUACUCUUCAUCCUCUGACCUCACCGUGGGACAUUCUGCACCAAAGCUAGUUGCAGAAUAUUUCCCUGAUCCCAUACGCUGUCGACCUGCUUCCUUUGCAACGCAACAAGCUUGUCCAAGCUCCGAAACCAUGACAGCCGCACAAGAACGGCAGCGUCUCCGAAUCAGAGAUAAUCAACGACGGUCUAGGGCUAGAAAGAAGGACUAUGUUCAGUUUGUUCAGCACCAGCUCGACAGAGUUUACGCAAUCUGCGAUCUUCGACGAGCCGCCAGGAGUCUCGCCGAAGAACACAGAGAGUUCCGCAGACUUAUGGAGGAAGCGGGUCUAUCUAUCCCAUCCCCUUCUGCCGAGCUGCUCAUUUGUGAGUCUGCUGGACCAGACGAGGACCAACUGCGGUCCAUGAGGGAGACCAUGGAGUCUCUCACUGGGCCUCACUCGUCGGAGGACAGAGGUGAAGUUGUUAACAGUGCUUGGGUGCCAAACGCCGACUCGACCUGGCCCUCAUUGCAGCCGAUCCUGGAAGAACCUGCCACUCUUCCUCCCAUUGCCCUAGCCAUUGAGGCUGUGCCGAACACUCCUCAGAUUUCGACCGUCUCUUUUGAGCAGGCGACCCUCCCCUUACGUCCGAAUGUCCACUUGCAGCCGCCUGUUCAAUCACAUGUCCCGCCUAUUUAUUCCGGAAACCCGAUGGCAAUGGUCGAGGCAUAUCAGCAUCACUCGGUCCAACACCACGGCUACAUUGAGACGCAGAUUCCUAUCCACACCAACAGGACGAUUGACGUGGUCACUAUUCAUGACUACUUCUAGAGUCUGGGGAUUCAUGGUCCUGCGAACUGGAGGCCGUUGAAUGGUUAGAAACACUACUUACUGCAAGGCUUUGGCCUACCUAGGAAAUCCCAAAACAAAAACAACCAACAACACAAUAUAGCUAGCUUGAAUUAUGUAGUCGAAUUUGAAACAGACCAUUCAUUAAUUUA